AUGGGGUCCCCAGACCUCGACGCCCUGCCCGCCGGGCACCGACGACGCCCAGAGAUGGCGGGGAGCACAAACCGGCCGGGCCGAUUUCCUAGAGACUAUCCCAAAUCCCAACGAAGCUCCCCAAGCCUCCCAAGUGCACGGCAGGAGCAGUGGGGCCCGAAGCCGUCCUUCCCCGAGCUCAGGCGGCCAGUGCCUCCACCCAUGGGCGUCCCUUCUCACCUCAGCCCCGAACCGACCCCCGAAGGGGGCUCCCCCAGUCACCACAGCCCGCCAAACGACCCCCGAAGGGUUCCCUCGGCCACCCAGUCACCACAGCCCGCGAGCCAACCCCCGAAGGGCUCCUUCGGCCGCCAUAGCCCGCGAAACGACCCCCGAAGGGCUUCCCCAGUCACCACAGCCCGCGAACCGACCCCCGAAGGGGGCUCCCCCAGUCACCACAGCCCGCCAAACGACCCCCGAAGGGUUCCCUCGGCCACCCAGUCACCACAGCCCCGAACCGACCCCGAAGGGCUCCCCCAGUCACCACAGCCCCGGACCGACCCCCGAAGGGCUCCCUCAGUCACCACAGCCCCGGACCGACCCCCGAAGGGCUCCCUCGGCCACCGCAGGCAACGCCAAGGCCCGCCCCGUAGGUCCCACCCGUGCGGGAGUCGGGCCUGCCCCACGCGGCAAUGCGCCCAGGCCUCACUGCCUUCUGACUGGAACGCGGCUGAGCCGCGCGGCCGCCAGGGCCUGGGGCCCUCCAGCCACCAGUGUUUGGCGACAGUGGCCUACCCCAGCGAGGCCGACCCCUGCCAGGGCGCCCCGACCGGUCCCGUCUUCCCGCCCCACGCCCCACCUUCUCCGGGGGACCUCCUGGCCGCCAGUCCUCAACACCCCGUGGGCAGCGCCGAGCCGAGCGCCGAUUCACCAAUCCCAUCGAGGACUCCAGCCUGGCUAAGCCAAACUCCAAGCGAUGGAUCUGGAGGCGCCCACCCGCUCCCUGCUCCCCCUGCUCCAGAAGACAGAGUUAUCUCUAAGCAAGAAAUGGGAAACCUGAAAUUCACCCUGAUGGAUGACGGGGGAAUGGAAGACUGUGAGCAGAACCCACCACAGGAGAACCUCAACUCUUGCGCAGGCGCGCUGCAGCCGGUCGGCGGCGCCGAGCGCUGUGGAGUGCGCGUGCGCAAGCAGAGCAGCGCGGCGGGAAGUGUAUCCCCGGCGCGUUUGGCCGGCGGCGACCCCGUCGUCUGGAAGCCGAAGAAGUCCGAACGCCCUUAA